CAGAUCUUGCUGUGGUUCCUGAGGAAGCAGCCCAGGGCUCUCGGGGGGGCAGGGGCCAGGACGGCCAUGGCUCCGGCAUGCAGGCUGGGCCUGCUCCUGUCCCUGCUGCUGCCCGCGGUCGGCGCCUCCCUGCCAGGCACCGUUGUCAGACUCAACAAGGCCGCGCUGAGCUACGUGUCUGGACUCGGGAAAGCCCCUCUCCAGCAGGCCCUGAACGUCACAGUCCCGUAUUUCCUGGACCGGAAUGGAAAGGUGCAUCAGCCCACAAGGAUCCAGACUUUGAACAUCCACGUGUCCCACUUCCACCUGAAAUUCGUUGCCGAUUUCGGGGUGCGCGUGUUGGUAGCAGCCAACUUUACUUUCAAGGUCUUUCGUGUCCCCGAGCCGCUGGAGCUGAGGCUGCCCGUGGUAGUGCUGGCUGACGCCCACGUGGCCCAGGGCUCCAUCGGGACCCCGGUGGUCAGCAUCUCUGCCUGCUUCCCGCUCUUCAACAACGCCAUGGUGCCUGACGGCAGUGCCAGGGUGGCCCCGGGGCCGCUGGCCCUGAUGCAGAAGCACGUCAGAGCUGUCCUGCGGAACAAGCUCUGCCUGAGCAUCUCCAACCUGGUGCAGGGCCUCAACGUCCACCUGGGCACUUUAAUUGGCCUCAACCCCGUGGGCCCGGAGUCCCAGAUCCGAUACUUCAUGGUCAAUGUGCCCAAUAUCACGAAGGACUACAUCUCCUUAGAUAUCAACGCUGUCCUCUUCCUACUGGGCAAGCCCAUUGUCCUGCCUGUGGAUGCCACCCGCUUCAUGCUGCCACUGCACGUGGGCACCGACGGAGCCAUGGCAGCCGUGGGCCUCUCCCAGGACCUGUUUGACUCUGUCCUCCUGCUGCUGCAGAAGGCUGGGGCCCUCAACCUGGACAUCACAGGGCAGCUGGAUUCGGACGACAACCUACUGAACACGUCUGUGUUGGGCCAGCUCAUCCCCGAGGUGGCCCGCAGGUUCCCCAAGCCCAUGCCAGUGGCGCUCAAGGUGCAGCUGGGUGCCACACCUGUGGUCACACUUCAUACCCACAAUGCCACGCUUCAGCUGCAGCCCUUCGUGGAGGUCAGGGCUGUGGCUUCCAACUCGGCUUUCCAGUCCCUCUUCUCCUUUGAUAUGGUUGUGAACCUGAGCCUCCAGCUCUCUGUGUCCAAGGUGAAGCUUCGGGGGACCACAUCUGUGCUGGGGGAUCUCCAGCUCACCGUGGCCUCUUCCAAUGUGGGCUUCAUUGAUACAGAUCAAGUGCACCCACUCAUGGAUGCCGUAUUCAAGAGGCCACUGCUGGACCACCUCAAUGCUCUCCUGGGCAUAGGGGUCACCCUCCCCAACGUGGUCAACCUCCACUACGUCAACCCCGAGGUCUUUGUCUACGAGGGCUACGUCGUGGUAUCCGGUGGACUUUUCUACCAGCACUGA